GGGAAAUUUGCCAGGAAAUGUUACGCAACAGCAGCUGCAUCUUAGUCACCUCAAAGCUGAAUAUGUAAUUUGAAGCAGAAGGGGCAGAACCAGAUAAGCUUCUGCUUCUUUCUUUCCCUUAUCAAACCCAUAUAAGUAGGGGGCAGAAAUGUGCCUCCAUCACAUUUCAAUACCAGUGGAGAAAAAAAAGUGAGCGAAAGGGCGGAGCCGAGGCGCGCGGAGCUGCAAAGUGUAUACAAGAAGAAAAGAGCGAGGUGAGGGGAUUCUCCAGAGGAACAGCAAGCGUGAGACUGGGCAGCAACAACACUCGACCUGUUAAAACUGUACUUUGUUCCUGAGCUGUGACACCUGGCCUGGUAUGACACCAUGACAAUAAUCCUGCGACUGCAAGGCCUCGACAUGAAGGCGGGUACAGAAGACAUAAGGAACUUCUUCAAAGGCCUUUAUAUACCUGAAGGUGGAGUGUACAUCGUGGGGGGGAGUCUCAGCGAGGCUUUCAUUGCAUUUACCACCGAGAGAGAUGCCCGGCUGGUCAUGCAGCGCAAUGGGAAUGUGCUCAAAGGGUCUACGGUGACUCUACGCAUCAGCAGCAUGGCAGAGCUGGAGCACAAGCUGAAGUUUCAGAUGGAAAAGAGAAGACUGGAAAAGGACCAGAGUAAGAAGAUAACCUCCCCCCCAACCCAGCUGGGUGCCAAGAGACCUCAACCAUCUCCACAUGCAAAUCGGCCAUCUUUAAAGACUCGUGAUCACAAUGCUGCAAAUCCACCAUCUUCUACCUCAGAGCGGAAUGAUCCCCGCACUGCAAAACUGCAACAGCCUUUGCACGCCAAUACUCUAAGUCUACAUCCGUCAGCUGUGCAUUCACUUGAUCCCAAUACAGCUUUUAUUCUUGGGAUUUGUACGGUCCUACAAGGACUCCAGUCCUCCAAUCAAAGUCAAAACGAUGAGGCGGGACAUAGGGUUGAUCACCCCAUGGCUGACUGCACAUCGGUAGUGUCUGAUGUGGUGAGGACACCAGAACUAACUCCGAAUUCAAGGCCCGGUUAUGCCAGGCUCUUCGGUCUGCCACCCUCGGCUACAAAAGAGGACAUAUGCCAUUUUUUCAGAGGCUUGGCAGUACAGGAAGUCAUAUUGAAUGUGAAGUUGGGACUCAGACAUGGCUGCCUUGUGAAGUUUGGAAGCACGCAGGAUUCGUGUGAUGCUCUUCUUUUCAACCAACAGUUACUGGGCCCCAGCUGUGUGGAGGUACGAGGAGCAACUGAGAAGAUGUGGACCAGUGUUCUGCAACAAUGUGAAAAUCCAUUUGAUGAUGCAAAGAGAGAGAAACUCCAUCAAAACCCUCUUGGGGAAACUUUAAACCCCAAACAAAAGUCCACGUUGUCACUGAAGAGGAAGAGAUCUGUUCAACAGUUGCCAUAUCAAUCGAUAAGAAAACCAAGACCAGACGUUAACUCUGCAUCUACCUUAUCACCAACUGAGGAGCACAUUAUCAUGGCCAGAAAUUUACCCAGAGUGAUGACCAAGAGUGAAAUAAAAGAAUUGUUUGGAUGCCCAAACAUUGCACACAAACACGUACUCCAUCUGCUUGACAAGGAAGGCAACAGAACAGACACAGCUUUUCUUAGUUUUAACCGCAUUGAGGAUUACGAUUACGCAAUAAAUCUCACUGGGUGCCACGUGGGCUCUGACACCAUUGAUGUAUCAUCCAUCACUAAGGAGAAGAUGAGGGACAUGAUGGCCAAAUCUCAUUUCAGGCAUCCUAAAUUAGACCCAAGGAAGAAACCAAAUCAAAAGAGGAAAUCGUAUCUAGUCGAGACACCAAAAAUGAACUCCAACACAGCUGCUCGGACGUGCCUGUUUGUCAGAAACAUGCCUGCAGAUGUGGAGACGAGUCAAAUAAAAAGACUUUUCUCCAAAUACAAACUGAAUAUGGAGAAUAUCAAUUUGUUGCAUGAUGAUGAUGGCAAGGGUAUUGGUGAGGCAGUUGUUCAGUUUAGGUCACAAAAGCUUGCAGCUAUGGCUCAUGGGCUUAAUGGUCGGAACUUCCUGGGGACACAAGUGCUACUAACCCGCAUAAAUGUGAAGCAGAUGGAGGACAUCUUGGCACAAACAGUUUCAAAACUUGAACAAUAAUGUUCUAAUGCAAACAUUGUGGCCUAAGACCUUAGAUAUCCGCAUUUUCAUUUAAAGUUGAUUUUCAAGACGUUUGUCAUCUCCUUGACUGCAUCAACCUACUGAAUUUGUAAAGUUUAUACAAAUUCCAUUGUUUUGUUAUGACUGAUCCUACUGUCCAUUUUAAAAUAAAUGUUCUUUAAACUGU